AUGGCAAAUGUCCCAACCAUAGCACGUCCAGAAGAAAUCGUUGUAGAAGUUGGUCCAUCUAACAAGUUGAUUUAUAUUAUGGGGGUUUUAAAUGAUAUUCCUCAUGGAAUAAACCCAAUAAAUAAAAAUUAUUUAUUUAAGAACGGAGUUCUAUUUGAGCAUAGAAUUGAACUGAAAGCAAAAAUGGACUGA